CACACCAAUCCAGAACAAUCUAAUCCAGCAGCGCAAUGGCACGUACCAAGCAGACAGCUCGUAAAUCUACCGGCGGAAAGGCGCCCAGGAAACAGUUGGCCACCAAAGCCGCACGUAAGAGCGCACCCGCCACCGGAGGAGUGAAAAAACCACAUCGUUACCGUCCGGGAACCGUUGCCCUCCGUGAAAUCCGUCGUUAUCAGAAGAGCACAGAACUUUUGAUCCGCAAAUUGCCGUUCCAACGUCUAGUGCGCGAGAUCGCCCAGGACUUCAAGACCGACCUGCGUUUCCAGAGCUCCGCGGUCAUGGCGUUGCAAGAAGCUAGCGAGGCAUACUUGGUAGGUCUGUUCGAAGACACCAAUCUUUGCGCGAUCCACGCCAAGCGUGUCACCAUCAUGCCAAAGGACAUCCAGUUGGCCCGUCGUAUCCGCGGUGAACGUGCUUAACUUUGAUCAUCGUCAUUAGUUAUCAUACCUUAAAAAGGCCCUUUUCAGGGCCACCAAUACGUACUUGUAUUCUGGCGAUGGGCACGUAUAAUAGUGAUUGUGUUAGUUUUGCAUUAGCGGCAGUAUAUUUCUAUUAUAUACAUAUUUUACAAAACCGGACAAUAAUAAAUGAACAACCCAGGCCAAAAUUAUAAGAUCAGGAAUCGAAUAAUUCAACGGUGUGACAAUAUCCACGAGACCACGACGUUUAAAACAUACGU